AUGCAACCAGCAAGGGGGAGACCAGAGGCUUCGGGACGAAAGGCCAAGCUUGCGCAUUCGUACCAAGAACUCCUCGAUGAAUUCUCGACAAAAGAUCUCAAGUCGGUCGGCAACUAUACUCUUGGGCGACUAAUCGGAAAAGGAUCCUUCGGAAAGGUCUACCUCGCCAACCAUAAACUCACCAAUGGCUCCAAGGUCGUCCUCAAGUCGGCCAACAAGAGCGACUCGAAUCUCGCGCGUGAAAUCCACCAUCACCGACAAUUCGUUCACCCUCAUAUUGCGAGAUUAUACGAGGUAAUAGUGACGGAAUCUUUGGUGUGGAUGGUGUUGGAAUACUGUCCAGGCGACGAACUAUACAACUACCUUCUCAAACAUGGCCCUCUUCCGGUACCGAAAGUCCAACGCAUCUUCGCCCAACUCGUGGGCGCCGUCUCCUACGUUCACAUGCAGUCAUGCGUCCACCGUGACCUCAAGCUCGAAAACAUCCUCUUCGACAAGAACGAAAACGUAAAGCUUGUUGACUUUGGCUUCACGCGCGAAUACGAGGGCAGGGCGAAUCAUUUGCAGACGUUUUGCGGCACGAUAUGCUACUCGGCACCGGAGAUGCUCAAGGGAGAAAAGUAUGCUGGUGAAAAGGUUGAUGUAUGGAGUUUAGGUGUUAUUCUGUACGCGCUCCUAUGCGGCGAGCUGCCUUUCGAUGACGACGACGAUAACGUAACGAGGACAAAGAUUCUGACGGAGGAACCGAAAUACCCUGACCACCUCCCACCCGAUGCCCUUUCGCUAAUCAAGUUGCUCCUUUCUAAGCGACCACUCCUGCGCCCAUCACUAUCCGAAGUGUUGAACCACCCCUUUCUCUCUGAACAUGCCCCCAAUCAGCAAGCUAUCCUCAAACUCCAACAACCGGCACCGUUCUCGACCGCCCUUGAAAAAGAGGUCCUACAGCGGAUGCGAAGCGCCGGGGUGGAUAUCGACUCCGUUAUCGAGAGUGUGCUCGCGCAAAGAUGUGAUGUGCUAGCAGGAUGGUGGACUCUGCUGCUCGAAAAAGAGGAGCGUAAGGCGAGGCGGAGAGAGAGGAAGCGGAAGGAGAAGGAGGCGGAGUUGCGCAGUUUACGACGCUUAUCGGCAGCGUCGAGUCGGCUGGAACGCAUGACCCCUGUGCUACACGACGUGCGCGAAGAGGGAACUGUUGGUAAUUACGUGCGGGUGGGCGAUCCACCUAGGACGCGGGGGAGGAGCGAGAGACGUAGCGCGCACUACUCCGACUACCGCGUGCCCGAUUUGCCGCAGCUUGCUGAGGCUGGUAGUGACAACAAGGUCGGCAGCCAGUCGGAAGGGGAGGUGCCGCCGCCGCCUAUAGAUAAAGAUUCUAUCCGGUCCGCAAGCACUUCGAGGACUCGCCGCCCUAUACCGCCGCCCAAGGAAGGGAUCCUGAGAAGUGCGAGAUCCAGGGGCUCCACGCUGCACCUUGUAACGACGUCGGAACACCUACACCAGAUGCAGGGCGGCUCAGACGCCGCGCGACCACCGCAAAAAGUGCGCAAACGACCGUCGCAGGCGAUACUCGCCACGUGGAAGAACUGGACCCACUGGAUCUUCGAAAAUACUCGGCGGAGCAAGUCGCAUAUCCGAAAGGGCAGCCUCUCGACCCCGGACCUGCGCAAGAACGGCAAGGCUGGCAACCGCAAAGGGGGUUCUGAGACAUCUAGCCCGAGGCCCCAGACGGGGAAAUACCCCCACAGCAACGCCAGCGUCAGUCCCAAUCCCGCCACGAGCGUGCUACCGCCGGGACUGGUCGCCAACGGGCAGCUGCCGAAAAUAAAUCCUACGCUGCCCAUCUCCAGCGCCAUGGUUAGCCCUACAUCUCUGGGGAUUCCGUCGCCGCCUCCUAGUGCGAGGGUGCCUUCGUCGCAGAGUUACAAGCGGCAGUCAUUGUCUCCGUCUCCCCUGACCCCCCGAUCGGCCAUGCGACGAUCCUCGACGGGGCUGAGAGGUAGGAAAUCCACGUCCUCGUCCGUCUCGUCGAUUCGCUCGAUCCACCACCAUCACCAUUCUCACUCCAAGGCGUCAUCCACGAGUUCCAACGGAUCUAUCUCAACAACCAUGUCCAAAUCGACGCUUCACCACCGCGGCACCUCACCCCACCACAGCGUCAAGGUCCUGCCCGCCACGCCGACGCACAACUCCAUCCCCUCCAACAUCCGGCUUGUGCGCGGCAGCGGAUCGCCCGCGCCGCUGAGAAUAUUCAACGAAGGGAUGCCCCCGAGCGGCGGCGGGAUGCAGACCCCCGGAUCGCCGAACCCGUUCGGUGCUGGCGGGGUGAUGUUUGCCAAGCGGAAGAGGAACCUGUUCAAGGGUCCCAUGCUGAAUAUGAGUGGCGGUCCGGUGGGUGGUCCGCCCCUAUCCAGAGGGAGUGGAUCGGGAAGUCAUUCGAGGAGUGCGAGCGCUUCAGGCUUGGGGCGGAGAUCUGGUGAGAUUACCAUUCAGGAGGUUGAUGAGGAUGACGAGGAGGAGAGGGAUCUAGAAGAGGAAGUAGAGGAGGUGGAUGUUUUUAGUCCGGUGAUUCGGGGUCCUGGUGAGAAGAUUGAAGAGCAUAUCUUUGAUGAUGGGGUGCCGGUGCCAGACAUGAUUAGAGGGGGGACCCUUGCGCCGGCGCCGAGGAUUACGGGGUUGGCAACUCCAAAGGAGUAG